GAACACUUUCGCUGUUCCCUUGUCCUGAUUGGAGCGCUACUGCCUUCUGAGCCGAGUCGUCAAGGUUCUCGGCCACAUUUCUGCACUUCCCCAACACCGAGCCGCGACCUGCAAUGGCUCGCACAAAGCAGGCCACGCCUCUUCGGCUCGAGCCGUCCUCCGAGUAUUAUUCGGGAAAACACGAUCGCACGCCGCAGAUCAGAGAAGCCAGUGCGACUCAAACGAUGGCGAAAAUGGCCAACGGCAAGGUCAAUGGCCAGGCUCCGCUCAAAGACCCCGCGCCUCGCGCCGAGGCCAAGACACCUGCUGCCACUGCUGCCACAGGCGCAAAGAAGGAGGCCGGCAUUGUCACCCUCAUCAUCGACGUCGCCGGCAUCUACGCCUCCUUCCUCACGUGGGCCUACCUGCAAGAAAAGCUCACCACCACCACCUACGGACCCGCCUCGUCUCCGGAACGCUUCAAGUUCCCCGUCUUCCUGCUCACGAUCCAGUCGCUCUUUGCCUUCCUCGCCGGAAAGCUCUUCUCCGUGGCGACGACACCGCGCGGCCAGCCCGCGCCGCCCUUGAUCCCCAACCGCCAGAUCCUCUUCCCGCUCCUCCUGGUCGCCUUCACUAACGCCCUCGCCGCCCCCUUCGGCUAUGCCGCCCUCGCCCACAUCGACUACAUCACCUACAUCCUGGCCAAGAGCUGCAAGCUGCUGCCCGUCAUGUUCCUGCACAUCACCGUCUUCCGCAAGCGCUACCCGCUGUACAAGUACCUCGUCGUCGCGGCCGUGACGUGCGGCGUCGCCGUCUUCACGCUGCACUCGGGCAGCAGCCGCGCCAGGCACGGGGCCGCGCCGAGCCACAGCGGCCAGACCGCCUGGGGCAUGCUGCUGCUCGGCAUCAACCUGCUGUUUGACGGGCUGACCAACAGCACGCAGGACUACAUCUUCCAGAACUGGAGGGCUUACACGGGCCCGCAGAUGAUGGCGGCCAACAACCUGCUCGGCUCCGUCCUGACGGGCGGCUACCUGCUCCUGAGCCCCUGGCUGGUGACGACGCCCGUCGGGGAGUGGUUCGGCAUGGACCUGACGGGCGGUGGGGCCGGCGAACUGAAGGCGGCAUUGGGAUUCCUCGCGAGGCACCCGGCCGUUUGGAGGGAUGUGUUGGGAUUCGCGCUCUGCGGGUGCGUCGGGCAGGUGUUUAUCUUCCACACGCUCUCCACCUUCUCGUCUGUCCUGCUUGUCACCGUCACCGUCACCCGCAAGAUGUUCACCAUGAUCCUCAGCGUCAUCGCUUUCGGCCACCGCCUCUCCCAGAUGCAGUGGCUCGGUGUCGCAUUGGUCUUUGGCGGCAUUGGUGUUGAAGCGCAGAUUGCGCGGCGGGAGAAACUGGCCAAGGAGGCGGCCAAGAAGGCCAAAACGCAAUAACCGCGCCCCGGUUCAGACGUGCCCCAUAUAUUUGUGUACAUAUAUGUAUAUAUAUAACGCUCUGAUUCUGGUAU